AUGCUACAAGUACGACACGAAAUACCGAUAUGCGAAUUACCUCCAAAUUUAGGUCCCAUCUCAGUAAAUAGGACAUACAUAGACCUGGAAGAUUUGGAUGAGCAUGCAUUUCCAGAGGUAAAGUGGGGCGGGCAGUUCUCGCCACACGAUUGCACCGCCCAACAUAAAGUGGCCAUUAUAGUGCCUUUCAGAGAUCGCAAGCAGCAGUUGCCGAUAUUCCUAAACCACAUGCAUCAGUUCCUAAUGAAACAAAAACUAGAAUACGCUAUAUUUAUCAUCGAACAAGUAAGGUAUGACUACUUCAAUCGUGGCAAGCUCCUGAACGUAGGUUUCCUGGAGAGCCAGAACGUGAGCCAUUGGCAGUGCUUCAUAUUCCAUGAUAUUGACUUACUACCGAUGGACGAGCGGAACAUCUACUCCUGCCCUCACGAGAAGCAUCCAAGGCACCACGCUGCUGCUGUUGACCGACUAAAUUUCAAGCUUCUUUUCAACACCAAAUUCGACGGAGUAACAGCCAUGACACUGCAACAGUUCACCGACGUCAAUGGUUUCAGCAACACAUACUGGGGCUUGGUCAGUGAGAACAACGACAUGAUCUUAAGACUGCAUAUGAAGGGUUACACCAUAUCAAGAUACAACAUGGCUAUCGCUCGAUAUGCUUCGUUGUACCACAAGCGAAACCCAACCAACAAGAACCAACGAUACAAAUGGUUCAUCGCUAUGAUGGAAGCCAAGAAUACUCUAAAAAACGAGGGCCUGUCCACUCUAAAGUACUCCGUGAAGAGUGUCGUCCCCCACCGCCUCUAUACCCACAUCAAGGCGGACAUCGGCCGGUCGCCCACCUACCAUCAGCUGUCGAAGAUAAUCGAGAAAUAUAAAGAAGCGGACAGAAUAAGCAUGCGAGAAAGAAUUGACAGUGUGAGGAAGGAGCUCAUAGCUAUGCUAUAA